AUGGCAGAAUAUGGCAGCCGGCUCUGUUGCUGCUCAGCGAGGAGGGGACGCGAGGUUGGAGCCGACAUCACCGGCUACAACUCUGGAGUCGGAGCGUGCGAGAAGGCCAAGCGAGUUCACCACGUCCAGGUCGUCCUUGGGAGGGUGCGGUCGAGAAAACUCCAUCUGGGCCUCACCAGUGGCCAACGACUUGUGGCCAGCCUGUGCGAGCAGGGCCGGCACUGGAAAGAGGUGCUGACAUUCUCCGUCGAGGUCGAGGUGCGAUAUCUAAUUCCGGCGGGAUGGCGCGGGCGGUGCGUGCGCCGAGUGCCGGAUGCAGCCACGGGCCUCUGCACGUGUCGGCGGCAGACGGCUCUCACAGGGAGGCCAGAGGCAGCGCGCGGCAGCGCGCGGCAGCGACCCGCCACCGAGCAGCAGCAGGCACCAACGGUGCUGUCAACCCGCAUGGUCAGGAUGGGCAAGCUUUCCAAGGGUACCAUUGCAUCCUUGCCUCCUCAGUCCAGCCAUUGCCAUUUUCGUUGGCCGUAUCACCAGUACA